CCAACCACGAAAAAGCAUUCAUUUCACAGCACAACAACGAUGGCCUCGAACUACACGUGUAGAGCCUGCUCAAGGGCAAUUUUUACGCCCUCGUCUUUAUAUGGACAGGCGAAAUCGAUCCCUCGAAAAAAUAUCCUACGCAACCUCCCACAGUCGCAUCGCAGCCUCUCGUCGACUGCUUCAUCGUCAUACCAUGCUACCAGCAGCCUCUCGGCAGAGAAAAAGCCGCAGCCGAAAUCAGGAGGCCUCUCGGCGGGGCUCGCAAAGAAGCUUCGAGAGAAAGCACCUCUGAUGACGGAGACCUACGUUGCGUACGGCGCUGCGCAGGAAUUACUCAAGGAGUGUGCGAAGAAGGGAGACUACCAGAUCCCCCAGGCGCAGGAGAAGAAUGGCGAGAUCCCAACAGAUGAGACGGGUGCUCACAUAGGCAUUGGAACGGGGUGGUGGUAUGACACUUUGGGACUUCAACCUACGUUCAUCAAUUGGGCCCAGAUAACCUUCAUCCACAUGUACAUGCUCCAAGUCCGCUUCCGAAUGUUCCCCAGCACGCACGCCCCGCUCUGGAUCCAACAUCUCACCAACCACUGCUUCUACGCCGCGGAGGACCGGCUGGUCGUCUGGCACAAUACGAAUUCGAACUCUCUGCGCCAGAAAUACCUCAAGGACAUCUUCGCGCAGUGGCGUGCCGUGUUGCUAUCGUACGACGAGGCUCUCGUGAAGGGCGAUGCCUGGUUGGCGGCUGCGCUGUGGAGGAAUCUUUUCGCUGGGAGGGAGGACGUCGACUACGUCCAGCUUGCGCAGAUCGUGGCGUACAUGCGCAGGGAGCUCAAGAGGCUGGACGCCGCCACUGACGACGAGGUUGCCAAUGGGCUGUGGAAGUUCUCUGGCGAUCCUAGCGAGUUUGCAGAGCUCGUGAAGAGGCCUAGCAAGAUGAUGCAGCAGAAUGAGAAGGCGUAGAGCGUGUGCUGUAUGAAGAAAAGGAGAUGCGCACGUCAGGAUUUGGGUUCAGGGGAUACGACUCAUUGGUAUCGUCGUUUUGGUCGUAUUCCUCUAUUAUUUACAUGAGAUUUGUACGAUAUUGAUGAGGCCACCUUGGUGGGUGUACGCUCCCAUCAAACUUACUAUUUGAUGCUCUGUAGAUGUAUGUCUGUAUACUAUACCAACACUCGCAAUGAUAUUCUGCCUUGAGGGCGCUUAUAGAUCAGUUCAAUCACAAAAGUAC